AUGCCCACGAGCAGCAUCCUCGGCGUCGGCGGCGUCGGCGGUCUGACGUUCGGCCUCGCCGCGAAGGACGUCGUGGCGAACUUUUUGGGAGGGACGAUGCUCGCGAUCCUUCGCCCGUUCACGCUCGGGGAGGAGAUUUUCGUGACCGGGGGGCAAGGGUUCAGGGGCAGCGGGACGCCGUCCGUGUCAGGCGCGUUCUAUACACUGGUCCCCGUACGACCGCACUACCUCGUGAAAGAGAUCGGGUGGUACCAGACGACGCUCAUCGCGAAAGACACCAAGCCGACCUACGUGCCGAACGGGUACUUUCUCGGCGCCAACGUCAUCAACGUGACGCGGAUGACCGACCGCGUGUUGAUCAUCGAGUUUCGCGUGCGGUACUCGGACCGCCACCGCGCGAUCCCGGCGAUCCCGGACGAGAUGGAGAAGUACCUUCGAUCGCACCCGAAGACAAACGACCGGCGUCACCCCGUGCGCGUGAACCUGACCGGGUUCGCGGACGACUGCCUCAAGAUCGGCGUCGAGGUGCACGUCCACAAGAUGCCUCUGAACGCGCACCUCAAGGUUAAGAGCGAACUCCUAAUGGGGAUGAUGGACAUCGUGGAGAAGCACACGAGCGGCGUCGCGUUCCCGGUGGAGGUGGAGGAUCCGUACGCGUUCGAGACGAAGAAGCGAUUCGGGGGUUCCGUCGAAUCGUUGCUCGCGGCGCGCGCGGACGCCGCGUGA